CUCCACCUCCACCUCCAUCCACUUCCAGUAACUUGCAACAUGUUCCUAUCUUCACGUUAUUGUUCGAUCAUCGUUCGUCAAUCAAGCGGUUUAUAAUUUGGCUUUAUUUAACAUUAUCCUUCAAUGUUGUGUUCUUAAUUAAAUUGUUUUUACACCAGUGUUAAAUUAACACUGCACGGGUCAUUGUUAUUGUAUCACAUUAUCAACUAUGUUUGCAAACGUGCAUAUGCUUUGUUGUGAGAACCACCUUUAUCUCCUGUCAUUUAAGCUUUAACAAGUAAUUUUUUUGAUAAUGAAACAUAAGUUACCCGUCUAACUUUAGGCUAUUAACGUUGCAAAAGUGUAGGUUAAUAAAACAUUACUAUUUGUUGAUGUAUCGUGAUGAGAGUGGUGUUUCCAAUCGGGGUGCUAAUCGGGAGAAUGUGUGGUGGCGUUUAGUGUCAGUGAAGAUCAAAAAUUGGAUUCAGAAUGGAAGCGGUAAAGGAUGAGGAUCGUUGGAGGCGGCUGUGUGCGUUAGAAGAAUUACUAUGCGACCCUCAGUCCACCGGCAACGUGGAUAGCUUACUCGAUACAGUGACCGCACUCGUCGCCGACUGCGAUCAUCCAGCUAUCCGACGCAUGAAAAAUGUCGAGGCUUACACCAGUAGAUAUGAAGAGUUUGCUUCAGACAUAGUUAAUCUGCGUAUGAAAGCAGCGGACUUUGAUUUGAUUAAAGUCAUAGGUCGGGGAGCAUUCGGUGAAGUUCAACUAGUCAGACAAAAGUCCACACGGCAAGUUUAUGCUAUGAAACUUCUGAGUAAAGUGGAAAUGAUUAAGAGGUCGGAUUCCACAUUUUUUUGGGAGGAGAGACAUAUAAUGGCGCAUGCCAAUUCAGAGUGGAUCCUCAAGCUUCAUUUUGCGUUCCAAGAUCAAAAAUAUCUAUAUAUGGUGAUGGAUUAUAUGCCCGGUGGUGAUCUUGUUAGCUUAAUGUCUAAUUUUGAUAUACCAGAGAAAUGGGCAAAGUUCUACACAAUGGAAAUAGUUCUGGCUCUAGAUGUAAUUCAUGGUAUGGGUUUUGUACAUAGAGAUGUAAAACCUGACAAUAUGUUAAUUGAUAAAUAUGGCCAUCUAAAGUUAGCAGAUUUUGGUACUUGCAUGCGAAUGGGCCAUGACGGGUUGGUGCGAGCUAGUAAUGCAGUGGGUACUCCUGAUUACAUUUCACCUGAGGUAUUACAGUCUCAGAAUGGAGAAGGGGUUUAUGGACGCGAGUGUGAUUGGUGGGCUGUGGGCAUAUUUUUAUAUGAAAUGUUAAUAGGUGAUCCUCCUUUUUAUGCUGAUAGUUUAGUAGGUACAUAUGGGAAAAUUAUGGAUCACAGGAACUCUUUACAAUUCCCUGAUGAUGUAGAAAUUUCGAAAGACGCAAAAUCACUAAUUAGAGGAUUGCUAACAGACCGAACUAGAAGAUUGGGAAAAAAUAGUGUUGAUGAAAUUAAGCAGCAUCCAUUCUUUAUUAACGACCAAUGGAGUUUCGAGAAUUUAAGAGAUUCUGUGCCGCCAGUUGUCCCAGAACUUUCAAGUGACGAUGAUACUCGAAAUUUUGAUGACAUUGAAAAAUCUGAUGCACUAGAUGAAUCUUUUCCGGUUCCAAAAGCUUUUGUUGGCAACCACCUACCAUUUGUAGGUUUUACCUACAAUGGUGAUUAUCAGCUUUGUCGAAGCGGUGGGAAAAGAAAACAAACUGAUGUAGUAGAUACUAUUGCAAACAACCAUUUGAACAAUGUUGGAUCUGAAGCAAUUUUGCAAUUAGAAAAACUUUUAGAUAGAGAAAGAGACUCGAGACGAAACUUGGAGGAUAGACAAGUUAUGCUUUGUGCUCAAUUAGAAGAAUUGGCGCAGAGAGAAUCUAGAAAUAAAAAAAUCAUAGCUGAUACUGAUAAGGAAUUAGCUUUACUUAGGCACGACUUAAAAGACAUCCAGAGGAAGGCCGAGGCGGAGUCAGAUGCCAGACGAAAAGCGGAAUUCAACUACAACGAUAUUAAACGUCGUUUUGAUGAAGAACAAAGUAAGAGGGUAAAAGAGAUGAACAAUUUGCAAACUUAUAAUGAUAAAAUCAACAUCUUGGAGAAGCAAAUGUCAGAGAUGCGUGAAAAAUUAAAGAUGGAGGCGGAAGCUGCGACUAAAGCUCGGAAACAAGCCGCAGAGCUGAGCGCCGCACAGGCCGCUGCAGCCGCCGUCAGCGACGGAACUAUGGCCAACUUACGUGCACAACGUGACACGUUAGAGAGGGAACGAAGCGCCUUAUCCGAAGAACUCGGAUCUAUGAAGGCAGCUAAACAACGGUCAGAUGCAGCAGUUACCGAAGCUAACAAUAGACUAAACGCUGCACACGCUGAGCUGGAGAGAUGUUCUACAAGAAUGGGACAGAUAAUGACGGAUAAUCGACAGUUGUCAGAACGCGUGUCUUCUCUCGAAAAGGAGUGCGCAUCCUUGACUCACGAGUUGCGCGCCUCCCAACAUCUCUACCAACAGGAACUGCGCGCGCACCAAGACACGCAGCGCUCGCAGCUACUCUCUAAACAGGAAGCGAACUUAGAAAUCGUUAAGGCCUUGCAAGCGAAACUGAAUGAAGAAAAGGGCGGUCGACAGCGAGCCGAAGCUGCCUGCCAGGAGAAAGACCGGCAAAUGUCGAUGUUGAGUGUUGACUACAGACAGAUGCAGCAGCGCUUGCAGAAAUUGGAAGGGGAACAUCGUCAAGAAAGCGAAAAGGUGAUAGGUCUAGCGGCGGCGUUAGAGCAGGAGCGCACGGCGCGGCUUGCGGCCAGCGGGGAGACGGCGACUGCGGAGGCGGCCGCGCGCGCCGCUGCCGCCGAGCGGGAUGCGCGCGCGCGGGACCUGAUGGCCGUGCGCGCCGCCCUGCACGAAACCUCGGAGAAGCUAGCCGCUGCUAGUGCAGAGCGCGACAUGCACUAUUCAAGGUGUGAGGAGCUGAGGUCGCAGCUGGAGAGCGAGCAGCACUACUGCGCGGUGUACCGCACGCAGGCGACUGAGGCGCGUGCGCAGCUCGAGGAGAGCGGCCGCGCAGCGCGCGAUCUCGAGCACGAGCGCGCCGGUCUCAUGCACCAGCUGCAGCUCGCCAUCGCGCGCGCCGACACCGAGGCCAUCGCCAGAUCGAUAGCAGAAGAAACUGUGGGCGAGUUGGAGAAGGAGAAAACGAUGAAGGAACUGGAGAUGAGAGAGGCGCUGGCACAGCAGAGCGGCGAGCUGGCGGCGCGAGAUGCGCUGCUGCAGAGCCUGCGCGAUCGCGACCACGAGAACCGCGCCACCAUCGACCUGCAGAGAAAGGAGGUGGACGAGCUGCGACGCAGCGGCACGGCGCUGGCGGAGCGCGUGGCGACGCUGCAGCGGCUGCAGGAGGACGUGGACCGGCUCAACAAGAAGCUCAACUCGGAGAUCAUCCUCAAGCAGCAGGCCGUCAACAAGCUCGCAGAGAUCAUGAACAGAAAAGAUAUGAACCCAACGAAUACAAAGACGAAGAGCAAGAUGUCGGUGCGCAAGGACAAGGACUACCGCAAGCUGCAGCAGGAGUUGACGCGCGAGAAGGAGAAGCACGACCAGCUCGUGUCGAAGCUGCAGCGCGAUCUGCAGGACGCGCAGCAGCAGCUUGUCGACGAGCAGCAGACACGCCUGCGGCUCGCCAUGGAGGUGGACAGCAAAGACGUGGAGAUAGAACAGCUGAAAGAGAAGCUGGCGGCGCUGACGAGCGAGACGGCGUCGCAGUCGUCUGCGGACGCGGAGGACGGCGAGACGGAGCAGACGCUGGAGGGCUGGCUGUCCGUACCUCUCAAGCAGAACAUCCGCCGGCACGGCUGGCGCAAGCAGUACGUCGUCGUCUCCUCCAAGAAGAUCAUCUUCUACAACUCCGAGAGCGACAAGCAGAACACCACCGAUCCCGUUAUGAUACUAGAUUUGAGCAAGGUGUUCCACGUGCGGUCUGUGACGCAGGGCGAUGUGAUCCGAGCGGAUGCAAAGGACAUCCCGCGCAUCUUCCAGCUGCUGUACGCGGGCGAGGGCGAGGCUCGCCGCCCGGGCGACGCCGCAGACGCGCCGCAGGACAGCGCCGACCAUACCGGUAACACUGUGCAGCACAAGGGACACGACCUGGUCAGCAUCACGUAUCACAUCCCCACAGCGUGCGAGGUGUGCACGCGCCCGCUCUGGCAUAUGUUCCGUCCUCCGCACGCCUACGAGUGUCGCAGGUGUCGUAUGAAGAUCCACGCUGAGCAUGUGUCGGAAGGUGGUGAAGGUGUGGCGGCGUGCAAGUUGCACGCGGACCGCGCACGUGAGCUGCUGCUGCUGGCACCCGCGGCGCAGGAGCAGAGGCGCUGGGUGGCGCGGCUGGCGCGUCGUGUGCAGCGCUACGGGUACCGCGCCGCUCACCAUACCAACCAUGACCACGCCAAACUCUCGCCCAGGGACUCUGUGCGGUCGAACUUGAAGCCGGCGUACCUGAACGCGUCACAGCGCAGCUCCACGCUGCCCGCCAACGCCUCCCUCCCGCGACACUGAUCACCUCACACCGCCUCUCUCACAACACAUUCACCACUCUCACUGUCAUGUCACAUCUGUCACACAUCUGUCACACAUCUGAUACGUCGAUGUCAUCAUUGACAUUGUCAUCUGAUUUAUAGAAUACCGCAUUCAUGGAGAGAAAAACUACCUUUUGCUCAAUUUAGAUGUCAACAUGAUCAAGAGUGGAUGUAGCACUAAAUGUACCACAAAAAACUCUAAAGACUCAAAUUUCACUCUAAAGAAUC